CAUUUUGAAUUAAACGGAAGUUGGCAGCCCCUUGGCGUCUGAAAAAAUAGCGCGAAAGGAAGUAAAGUUUAGAAUUGAUUCUUUAAACCCAAAUAAAAGCGGCUGAGCAUGGAAGACAAUGAGGUUCCGGAGAUGCCGCCACAGCGAGAGACGCGCUCCUUCCUAAUGGCCCGCGAGCCCUCCGUCGACCGCCGCUUCCGGCCGCGACCCAACAAAAAGAUGCGUCUGUUCGCCCAAAUCCAGGAAUCGGAGGAGGAGAGCUCCUCCGAGUACUCGGACACGGAGUCGGACUACAAGUACCAGUCCAGUGAGGCCCACACGGAAGGAGGCGCCUCCUGUGCCACCAGUGCGGCGGACAACAGCAGCGUGGAGACGGGGCCACAGGUCUUUCUGCGCCUGCGUCCCGUCAAGGAUGCCUCCAAGGCGUACGUGGUCUCUGAUGACAGCAAUGUGCUCAUUACCAGCUGCAAGGUGGACUCGACUAGCAACAAUGUGAACCGCAUGGAGAAGCACUUUGGCUUCACCUCCAUCUUCGACAGCACUGUGGGCCAGCGUGACAUAUACGACUCCUGCGUGGGACCCAAGAUCUUGGAGGAUGAGUGUGUGACCAUCAUGACCUACGGCACUUCGGGCUCGGGCAAGACCUACACAUUGCUGGGCGAUGAUGUGCGUGCUGGCAUCAUUCCGCGUGCCCUGGAGAACAUAUUCACAAUGUACAAGGACAUGAUCUUUCGCGCACCCAAGCUCAAGCUGAUCAACGGCUGCAUCGUCUUUCUGCAGGACGACGCCUCGCUGAAGGAGAUGCAGAUUCGGAAGAAGCUGCUGGACUUGUGUCCCGACAUCAGUGCCCACUACCAGCGCUUGAAGCAGGUCAUUGACGGGGAUCACGCCUUCGAAUCGAAGUCCGCCACCGACACGUCCGUCCUGGUUUGGGUGUCCUUCGUGGAGAUCUACAACGAACUGGUGUACGACUUGCUGGCCAUUCCACCGAAACAGGACAAGAUGGGCGAACUGCCGCGCAAGAACCUGAAGAUCGUGGGCAACAAGGGUCAGGUGUUCAUCAAGGGAAUGAGCAGUGUCUUCGUGAAGAGCAGCGAAGAGGCGCUACAGCUGCUCCGGCUGGGCCAGCAGCGCUCCACGUACGCCUCCACCUCGGUGAAUGCCAACUCCAGCCGAUCGCAUUGCGUCUUCACCGUGGACAUACUCAAGUACAAUCGCUCGGGCAUGACCACCCAGAGUUCGUACAAAUUCUGCGAUCUGGCUGGUUCGGAGCGGGUGAACAACACGGGCACCACGGGCCUGCGUCUCAAGGAGGCCAAGAACAUCAACACCUCGCUGAUGGUGCUGGGCCGUUGUCUCAAUGCGGCCAGCACCGUGCAGAAGAAGAAAAAUGCCGACAUCAUUCCAUACCGCGACUCCAAGCUCACGACGCUGCUGCAGGCGGCAUUGUUGGGCAGGGAGAAGUUGGCCAUGAUCGUGACGGUUACUCCGCUGGACAAGUACUACGAGGAGAACCUGAAUGUCCUGAACUUCGCCUCCAUUGCGAAGAACAUCAUCUUCAAGGAGCCCGUGAUCAAGCAGCAUCGUGUCAGCUACUGCGGUUUCAUGGAAUUCUCGAAAAUGUCAUCGUUCGAGGGCGGUGAUUACGUCAAGGAACUGGAGGAAGAGAACGUCCGUCUGCAGUGCGAGGUUGAGCAGUUGAAGUACGAACAUGUGCUGCAGAUGCAACUUUUGGAGGAGAAACUGCGCCGGGAACUCACUUCCACAUACCAGGAGAUAAUCGAAAACAACAAGAAGCAAUACGAAGAUGAAUGCGAGAAGAAGCUUUUGAUUGCACAAAGGGAGUCGGAUUUUAUGAUUGCCUCUCAGAAGCGGCGGUACGAAGAGCAAAUAGAAGACCUCAAGGAUGAGAUCGAGGAACUUAAAAAUCCCAGAAGCGACACCGACAGUUCCGACGAUGCAAAUGAUUCCAAGUCGCCCAUUGAAAUCAUUGACGAUGAUGAGUAGUAGUUUCCUCAAUUCACAGUUUUUAACUUUUUAAGUGUUAAGUGCUGUUUUAAUUUAAUCUUCAUAACUAGUGUGCUUCAGAGUUUUCAGAGUUGUCCAAUAAAUGUGUAAAA